AAAUUUUCUUGUUUUAUUUUUUUUUAAUAUCCUAUAGAGAGCGAAGGGUCCGAGAGAGAUAGAGGAGAAGGAGAGCGUUUUAGUAAUUUUAACAAUGGGAUUUCUCUCAAGUCUCAUCCUCUGAGUUCUACGCAAUCGUUUUUCUUUUUGAUAUUUUUGGUUGUCACGUCUCUCUGGCUUUGAUUGCGUGCCACUACACCACUAUUUUGCUCUAACCCUCGCCCAUCUCAAGUAAGUUUCUCAAAUUGCUUAGCUCGUUUCUUGUUCCGUGUUGGUUUGGUUAGGCUUAGCUCCAUUGUCCAUUUUGAAAUCCUGUUACCAUCGUUUCUUCCCCGAUUACCGGAUUCAGGAAUGAUUAGUGAAAUCGUUGACGGAUCAGAGUUGAGAGGGAGCUUCCUUUCUCCAUUUUUGUCUAUUAAUUGUCGUCAUUUUCGUAUUACAUCGCAAUAAGCGGGCGGUUUAUUUGGGGAUGGGCUGAUUGCGUUGCCAUGGAAAUGGAUCGAGAAUCUGGAAAAUUGGAACAAAUUGUUUACCAAUUUCGUUCCAAGAUCUUGCACGUUAUUUUAGACUCGAGGGUCCCUUCUCUUCACCACCGCCACCAGCGGCAACUGCAACAACAAGAAUCGCUUUCUCUUUCUCGGGUGAGAAAGACUGACAAAUGGUUCAAUUUAGUAUUAGGAGACCGCCCCGCGGUUCUGGAGAAUCUCAAUUUCUCCCUUAGGAAUCUCUUGGAUCCUAUGAUAAUUGACGUGAUACUCGUUCAUAAUGGUUCUUGUUCCUCAUCGGUGGACAAUCUCUAUACCCCUUCAGCUGCAGCUUCGGGACCUUCUACCGAGACUGUUAUAGAAAGAUGGGUUGUUCAAUAUGAUUGCCCUCGGGUUAUUGCUACUCCAAGCGGUGCUGAUACUUCUGUGUCUUAUAAGAAGACUUACAAGAAGUCCAUUGUACUUUUGCGAUCUCUUUAUGCGCAAAUGAGGCUUCUCCCAGCAUAUAGAAUCUUUCGGCAGCUAAGUUCGUUGAGCCAGACAUAUAAUUUCGAUCUUAUUUACAAGGUUUCAUCAUUUAGUCAUCCGUUCUCUAGGGAAGAGGAGGAUGUAAUGAAAGAAUAUAGUUUUGUUCCUGUUGAGGCUCUUCCAGGCCACCUAUGUGUGUCAGUGACUUAUUGUCCAACUCUAUCUGAAUUUAACCUUGAGCCUUUGGUAUCUUUGCCACCAAAGAUUAUAACAGACUAUGUCGGUAGCCCUACCACAGACCCUAUGAGAUCCUUUCCUUCAUCAGAGAAGGGUGUUCGUGCUACAUCCUUUCCAUUAAGAGGAGUGCGACCUCCAUCUUCAGCUCCAUUUCAACGUCCACACAGCUGGUCUAGUGGUUUUCACCGAGGAUUCCCUUUUACACAAAAUCAAUCCCUAGGAGGAUCUCCGCCUGCUUAUCGUACAUCUCCCGUGCCAUAUGAUAUUGCAUCUCCACCUUCUGAUAUGUAUGGUAAUAGAAUUCAAAAUCAUAGAUUGUCAACUCUACAACAGGUUACUGCUUAUGAUGAAUAUCAGCUUUCACCCCCAUUCUCACCAUCUGCUUCCCCUUCUCCUCCAACAUACUUAUCCAGUGCUAAUCCUUUACUGACUCAUCAUCGUUCUGAGACUGCCCCUGUAACAAUUCCACUUCCACUAACUGGCAGAAGUUCUAGAUAUCUUUCUCCUAACUCUUCUGAUCCAAGUAGACAUUCUCUUCCCCCUCUGUCUCCCAGAAGCUCAAAGCAUGAUGCCUCUUCUCAGGAAUCUCCCUCUGGGAUUCGGUCAUACAGGAAAAUAGAAGCUCUAAGGGCUGGAGAGUCGCCUUCUGGCUUAGCAAAUCAUUAUUCUGUAUUGAAGGUGGUCAAAGAUAGUAAAGAUGAUUCGGGCCGGUUCUCUGGAUUGUUAUCUUCCAGUGGAUCACCACGUAUUGGAUUCUCUAGAAGCUCUAGUAGAUUAUCUUUCCAGGAUGACACAGAUGAUUGUGAAUUUUCUUGCCCUUUUGAUGUUGAUGAUGUUGAUGCAUCUGAUUCCCUGGCCAGUCAGAACAUAGAGGGAAAAAAAGCUUCAGAAUUCACUGCACAGUCAGCUGGUAAAAAAUCACAAGAUGCUGCUGUUGGCAUUCUUGUUCACAUGCUUAGAACAGCACUUCCUCUGCGACAAGACUCAAGUUGUUAUUCAGCUUAUUCUUUAAAGACUGAAUGCGAAGGAGGUUUUGGUACUGCUUCUGAAUUUUAUAUGCCUCGGAAAACAGCAGAUGCACUUGAAGAGCUCAAGAGCUACAGAGAAAUGAAAGAUCUACUACUAUCAAAGAGUGGAGCUCGGGUGGUUAGGAAAGAAGAAAUGUAGUUGCUCUCUUGGUGGAUGGGGGUGGGGGUUGUAGAUUUGAUCUUGUGGCUGUCAACUGGUGCUAAUACGGCAGCAGCAGGACGCAUUUUAGAUUAAAACAGAACACGUUUCUUUGAAGAUUAACAGGUUAUGUACGUAUCAUGAAUGAACAUUGGUUACGAUUGUUGAAUUAAUCAUUGAAAUUCGCUAAUGCAGAAAGUUCCCUUUUGUAGACA